AUGGAAUUAAUGCCUUUGAUUUUAGACACUUUCCAAGACCAGAGCUUCUUCAUUCAAAAGAGAUGCAGCAUUGAAGACACUCGGUCAAUUAGCAAGCUCUUCGGGUUAUGUUAUACAGCCUCUCUUGGACUUUUCCUCAGCUUUUGGGAAUGUUGGUUGGCAUUCUUAAACUGGAGACCUCCCCCACAUAUUCGUCGAGAAAACCGUUCGAUUAUUGGGUAUUUUAGGUGCCUUGGGAUCCAUACAAGCACCGUGAGGUCGAACAAAAUUCAAAGAGCAUUUCUUCUGACCAAAAAUGCUGCCCCAGUAGAUGUGGCUUUCUUGAUGCAGGGAAUGUCUCCUUCAAAUGAAGAGUACUACCCAACGGUUGCCAUAAACAAUUUGACCAAAAUUUUGAAAGAUCCCUCUUUGAGCAUGCACCACAACAAGGUGAUUCAAGCAAUAAUGUAUAUCUUUCAAACACUCGGACUCAGAUGUGUUUCAUUCUUGCCACUAAUUAUACCAGGAAUCAUCAACGUUAUGCAUACUUGCCAGACAUCGAUGUUGAAAUUCUACUUUCAGCAACUUAGUGCCCUCAUUCUAAUCGUGAGGCAGCAUAUUCGUCCAUUUUUACCAGAAAUCUUUGCCAUCAUCAAGGAAUUUUUCACCCUGAUUCACAAUCCUAAUAUCCAAAUCAUAAUCAUCUCCCUCAUCGAGUCCAUCUCGCGUGCAUUGGAAGGGGAGUUCAAAAUGCACAUGCCAGAAGUUUUGACGUUACUUUUGAAUGUUCUUGAAGAAGAUGAGACCGCCAAGCGUGAGCCUUCCUUACAUGUGUUGCGAAGCUUAGUUGUAUUCGGAAGCAACACUGAGGAAUAUAUACAUAUCAUGGUUCCAAAUAUCGUCAAGUUGUUCGAAGUUGGUCCUAUAGUGUUGCGUAAAGCCGCGAUUGAAACUAUCGGUAGACUUUCGAAAACAGUUCUGUUAAACGAUAUGGCUUCAAGAAUAAUCCAUCCAAUAUUGCGAGUCUUGCAACAAGGAAGUGAUGAGCUAAAAGUCACGGCGAUGAACACCUUGAGUUAUUUACUAUUGCAGCUUGGCACAGAGUUUAGUGUGUUUAUUCCAGUCAUCAAGAAGGUUUUAGUCCAGCAAAAGAUUCACUCCAAUACUUUUGAACAGUUGGUUACAAAACUCUUGAGUGGAGAUCCAUUACCCACACAUCUCAACAUCUACAAAGACUAUGAUAUCCAUCUGAAUUUUGAUCCAACCGAUGUCGACAUGCCUUCCAAGAAACUUCCUGUCAAUCAGUCUGCUUUAAAGGCUGCUUGGGACUCGUCACAAAGAAGAACCAAGGAAGAUUGGCAAGAUUGGAUAAGCCGUUUGAGUAAGGAACUUUUGAAACAAAGUCCUUCGCAUGCAAUCAGAGCAUGUGCUGGAUUAGCUUCCGAUUAUUACCCAUUAGCAAAGGAUUUAUUCAAUGCCAGUUUUGCAAGUUGUUGGAGUGAGCUUUAUUCACAACAUCAGGAAGAGCUUGUGGAAUCGUUUUGUAUCGCAUUGUCGUCACCAAAUAAUCCUCCUGAAAUUCAUCAAAUUUUGUUGAAUUUGGCAGAGUUUAUGGAACAUGACGACAAGUCAUUACCUAUAGCAAUCACUGUUUUGGGCCAAUACGCUCAACGAUGUCAUGCUUAUGCCAAAGCGUUGCAUUACAAGGAGCUUGAAUUCUAUGAGGAACCGUCUACACCAACUAUUGAGUCCUUGAUUAGUAUCAAUAAUCAAUUACAGCAAUCUGAUGCCGCAGUUGGUAUAUUAAAGCAUGCACAAUUGCACCAUGAUCUCCAACUUAAGGAAACAUGGUAUGAAAAGCUACAGCGUUGGGACGACGCUUUAAGAGCUUAUAAUGAACGACAGAUAUCAGAGCCUGAUAAUAUGGAUGUCGUCAUGGGUAAAAUGAGAUGUUUGCAUGCUCUUGGAGAAUGGGAACAGUUAUCUGAAUUGGCGCAGAGCAAAUGGAAUAACUCGUCCAGUGACACCAAGAGAAUGGUUGCACCGUUAGCAGCAGCUGCUGCAUGGGGUUUGGGUCAAUGGGACCGAAUGGAUACCUGUAUCCAAGUCAUGAAAUCCGAAUCUCCUGAUAAAGCAUUUUUCAAUGCCAUUCUUAGUUUGCACAGAAACAACUUUGAAGAUGCAUCGAAUCAUAUAUUGGUUGCAAGAGACUUGUUGGUUACUGAAAUAACAGCGCUUGUCAGCGAAAGUUACAAUAGAGCAUAUGGAGUCGUUGUCAGAGUUCAAAUGCUUGCCGAGUUAGAGGAGAUUAUCAAGUAUAAAUGCUUGCCUCGAGGUUCUGAAAAGCGUGCAAUUAUGAGAAAGACAUGGAACACCAGGUUGCUAGGAUGUCAACGUAAUGUCGAUAUCUGGCAACGUAUGCUUAAAGUGAGGGCCUUAGUGAUCAAGCCCAAGCAGGAUAUGGAUAUGUGGAUCAAAUUUGCCAAUUUAUGUCGAAAGUCGGGCCGUCUUAAUUUGGCUGAGAAAUCUCUCAACUAUUUGUUGGAGGAGGGGUUCCCUGAAAAUCCUUCUAAGGCUCCACCACAAGUGGUUUAUGCUCAGAUAAAGUACAUGUGGGCUAAGGGACAACAACGAGAAGCACUCCGCCAUUUGGUUGAUUUCACAGCUCGUAUGUCGCAAGACUUGGGUUUGAAUCCAAACGAUUUGAUCACCCAACCUCUACCUUCUGAAGCGCCAGGUAUUCCAAAGCAUGUGGAGGAGUACACAAGACUCCUUGCCAGGUGUUUCUUGAAGCAAGGGGAAUGGCAGAUUGCUUUAAAUAGCAACUGGAGAAACGAUACUUCCGAAAUCAUUUUGGGAGCGUACCUUUUGGCUACUCAUUUCGAUACCAAGUGGUACAAGGCUUGGCACAACUGGGCGCUAGCAAAUUUUGAAGUCAUCUCGCUGUACACCACCCAGCGUACAAAUUCCACAAAGGAUACUAGCGUUCAAGAUGACAUCAUGCCUCAAAACGGAACUCUUGGUGCUGAAGAUGAAGCUGGUAAGGGUCAAAAUAAGGCAGCUGGUCCUUCCGCACCACAGUCCAAUAUUAUCCCAAUGGAAAUUGUGCAAAGGCAUGUGGUUCCUUCAAUCAAAGGUUUCUUUCAUUCCAUUGCUUUAUCCACCGCUAGCUCGUUACAAGAUACUUUGCGUUUGUUAACCUUAUGGUUCAAAUUUGGUGGAAUCAGUGAAGCUGCGAAGGCUAUGACUGAUGGUUUCAAUAUGGUCAAGAUCGAUAAAUGGUUGGAAGUGAUACCACAAUUGAUCUCGAGAAUUCAUCAGCCUAACGAGGUUGUGAGUAGGUCCUUAUUUGGUCUUCUCACAGAUCUAGGCAAAGCUCAUCCACAGGCGCUUGUAUAUCCACUUGCAGUUGCAGUGACUUCUGAGUCUGUUAACAGGCAGCGUGCAGCGUUGUCGAUUAUAGACCAAAUGCGUUUACACUCUCCUGUCUUAGUCGAUCAAUCAGAACUUGUCAGUCAUGAACUAAUUCGUGUUGCUGUUUUAUGGCACGAACAAUGGUAUGAAGGACUAGAAGAUGCAUCGAGGUUGUUCUUUGGUGAACACAAUACUGAUAAGAUGUUCGAAGUUUUGGAGCCUCUACAUCAAAUGCUUCAAAAGGGGCCCGAAACUUUGAGGGAAUCUUCGUUUGCAAAUGCGUUCGGGAGGGAGUUGGCAGAUGCCUAUGAAUGGGUGUUGAACUUCCGUCGUACCAAGGAUAUCACCAACUUAAAUCAAGCUUGGGAUGUCUACUACAAUGUGUUCCGUCGUAUUAGCAGGCAACUCCCACAACUCCAAACAUUGGAACUUCAAUACGUUUCACCAAAAUUAGAAGAGGCAACGGAUCUUGAAUUAGCCGUUCCAGGUACCUACGAACCUGGUAAACCAGUGGUACGCAUUGCCAAAUUCGAUCCUUCCUUGACGGUUAUAUCUUCGAAACAGAGACCCAGAAAACUUACUUGCAGAGGAAGCGAUGGUAAAGAUUAUUCGUUUGCCUUGAAAGGACAUGAAGAUAUCAGACAGGAUAACCUUGUUAUGCAAUUAUUUGGUCUAGUCAAUACCUUAUUGGUUAACGAUCCGGAAUGUUUUAAACGACAUCUCGAUAUCGAGAGGUCUCCAGCUAUUCCCCUUGCUCCAAAGGUUGGUCUCUUUGGCUGGUUCCCACACAGUGAUACUUUCCAUGUUCUUAUCAAAGAGUAUCGUGAAUCGAGAAAGAUCACCUUGAACAUUGAACAUCGAAUCAUGUUGCAGAUGGCUCCUGACUAUGACAGUUUAACUUUGUUGCAAAAGGUUGAAGUCUUCAUGGGUGCUCUCGAUAAUACCAGAGGUCAAGAUUUGUAUAAGGUGUUGUGGUUGAAGUCCAAGUCUUCGGAAACUUGGUUGGACCGUCGUACUACAUAUACCCGCUCCUUGGCAGUCAUGUCUAUGGUGGGUUAUAUCCUUGGUUUGGGAGACAGACAUCCUUCCAACUUGAUGCUUGACCGUAUAACCGGUAAAGUGAUUCAUAUUGAUUUUGGUGACUGUUUCGAAGCGGCUAUACUACGUGAAAAGUAUCCCGAAAAAGUGCCAUUUAGGCUCACAAGGAUGCUCAAUUAUGCUAUGGAAGUGAGCGGUAUAGAGGGCUCAUUCAGAAUCACAUGUGAGCAUGUAAUGCGUGUGUUGAGAGAUAACAAAGAGUCCUUGAUGGCCAUUUUGGAAGCUUUUGCUUAUGAUCCGUUGAUCAAUUGGGGUUUUGACUUCCCUACAAAAGCCAUGGCUGAAGCAACAGGUAUUGAGGUUCCACAAGUCAAUGUGGCAGAACUUCUUCGUCGUGGACAGAUUGAUGAAGCUGAGGCUGUUAAACUCACGAAGCAGAACGAUGUUGAAAUUCGUAACGCUCGAGCAGCGUUGGUAUUAAAGAGAAUUACUGAUAAGCUUACCGGAAAUGAUAUCAAAAGGCUCCAUGGUUUGGAUGUACCUACUCAAGUCGACAAGCUUAUACAACAAGCAACUAGCGUCGAAAACUUGUGCCAGCACUACAUUGGAUGGUGUUCGUUCUGGUAG